AUGAUAGGGAACAAGUACGAGAGUAACCAAACCUGGUCGACCAGUCGAGUUGGACAGCUAGUGAAUGAUAGGAAGAUAAGGAAAAACAGCAGAACUUCUCAAUCAAACGAAGGGGCUCAGUAUAUUGAGAAUGAUGUCUGCUUAACAGAAGAUGAUACUUCGAAAGUUGCAACUGUUGGACAAUGCCCUGAAGGUGAUACUGCAACGACUAACAAUUAUGAGCGAUGUGAAAAUCCAGAUAAAAAGCCUGCUAGGCAACGGUUAUUGGCAGUUGCUAACAGAUUACCAGUCUCUACUGUAAGGAAAGGUGAAGAUGUAUGGCAUUUAGAGAUUAGUGCUGGGGGUUUAGUUAGUGCUCUUCUGGGCGUGAAGGAAUUUGAGGCAAGGUGGAUAGGUUGGGCUGGUGUGAAUGUGCCCGAUACAGUUGGACAGAAUGCGCUUACUAAGUCUCGAGCCGAAAAGAGAUGUAUUCCAGUAUUUCUUGAUGAAGAGAUUGUUCAUCAAUAUUAUAAUGGCUACUUCAACAACAUUUUGUGGCCACUUUUUCAAUACCUUGGACUUCCACAAGAAGAUCGACUUGCUACCACCAAGAGUUUCCAGUCGCAUUUUGCUGCAUAUAAGAAGGCAAAUGAAAUGUUUGCUGAUGUGGUUAUCAAGAAUUAUGAAGAGGGUGAUGUUGUUUGGUGCCACGAUUACCAUCUUAUGUAUCUUCCAAAAUGCUUGAAAGAUUUCAAAAAAUCAAUGAAAGUUGGUUGGUUUCUACAUACUCCUUUUCCUUCAUCUGAAAUUCACAGGACAUUGCCAUCUCGAUCAGAGUUGUUGUGCUCAGUUCUUGCUGCAGAUUUAGUCGGUUUUCAUACAUAUGAUUAUGCACGUCAUUUCGUUAGUGCUUGUACUCGCAUUCUUGGAUUGGAGGGUCCUCCCGAGGGAGUUGAGGAUCAAGGGAGGCUUACUCGAGUGGCUGCAUGUCCCAUCGAUAUAGAUUUAGAUCGCUUUAUACGUGCACUGGAGCUUCCUCAAGUCCAGGAACACAUUAGAGAACUUAAAGAAAGAUUUGCUGGGAGGAAGGUGAUGUUAGGUGUAGAUCGCCUUGAUAUGAUCAAAGGGAUUCCUCAAAAGAUAUUGGCCUUCGAAAAAUUCCUCGAGGAAAACCCUGAUUGGCGUGACAAAGUAGUUUUGUUGCAAAUUGCUGUGCCAACUAGAACAGAUGUUCGAGAGUAUCAAAAACUCACAAUCCCGGUCCAUGAAAUUGUUGGACGAAUUAACAGCAGAUUUGGAACAUUGAGAACUGUUCCAAUACAUCACUUGGAUCGCUCUCUUGAUUUCCAUGCUUUAUGUGCUCUAUAUGCUGUUACAGAUGCAGCACUAGUAACAACUUUAAAGGAUGGUAUGAAUCUUGUCAGUUAUGAGCUUGUAGCAUGCCAAGAUUCAAAGAGAGGAGUCUUGAUUCUUAGGGAGAUUACAGUUUAUGCAAUCAGGAUGUUUGAAUGA